AGUUCAGACCGGUGCUCACUCGCGUUUUUGCAAACUGCACGUAAAGCUUGGCUAGCGCUUGAAUUAUAAAUGAAAAGCUGAACAAAAUAUAUAUUUGGAGUGCAACUUGCACAAAGCAAUAAUUAUUAUCAGUUCGUUGCGUGUGUGUAUCAGUGUGUUUGUUGCAAAAAUAUAUAUGUAUAUAUGUGUUAAUAAAGCUGUGCAAAGUUGUAAAUAAAUGCAGUGAUGAAAAUAUUCAAAUAACUUUUUCAAUACAAAUUGAACAAAAUUGUAAAUAGUACAAAUAUAUUACGAAUCAAAAUGCCAAAUGCUGUGGAAAUAACAACAAAUGCCAGCGACUCCAAGAUGCCAUUCAAAGUCAAGGACGUGACGCGCAACAUUAAAAAAGCCGUUUGCGCUGCAAGCCUCGAGGAGAUACGCACCAAGGUGGCCGAGAAAUUUGACAAGUAUGAAGAGCAGCCGACAAUCCAUUUGGACUCCGAUGGCACUGAGAUCGAUGACGAGGAGUAUUUUCGCACUCUCGACGAGAACACCGAGUUGGUGGCCGUUUUCCCAGGCGAACAUUGGAUUGAUCCUACCCAUUACGUGACCAUAACCACUCCAAAUGCCACCGGCAAUGGCAGUAUCACUGGCAAUGGCACUGGCACUGGCACUGGCAAUCCGGACAACGGGGACACCACGGACGCCAACAACUCGGAGUCGGCUAGGAUUCGUCAGUUGGUUGGCCAAUUGCAGAACAACUUGUGCAAUGUAUCCGUCAUGAAUGAUGCCGACUUGGACUCCUUAUCCAACAUGGAUCCCAACUCGUUGGUGGAUAUAACAGGCAAGGAAUUCAUGGAGCAGCUCAAAGAUGCUGGCAGACCGUUAUGUGCCAAACGUAAUGCUGAGGAUCGUCUGAAUUUGCUGAAGCUGCUGAAAGCAGGCGCCAUUUUUUGCUCGGAACGCUAUCCGGAAGAUGCGGAGGCCAUUGAUCGAGAGAUUGGUCGGCAGUUGAAUGAGGCGGAGAGCGGACAGGUGACUGCAACCAAUGCUAGCAACACCCGCACCAUUGAGGUGGUGCAGUGCGACAAUCAGAAUACCACCAUUACAAUAACCGUUGCGGAGGCAACCAGCACCACUUGCGGCACCACUGAGAGCACAGCUGCCAAGGAGGCCAAUGAGAUGAACGCCAAUGCGAAUGGCAAUGGCAACACUGGCGACAUCUGACUGCCCAUUUUAGGCAGCCUUAGAUGAAGCCUGGCCGCCAGGGAGUAGCCAAACUAAGGCACAAUUUUAUCAAAUGAUGUUUCAACAAAACGAACCGAAAUAAAUCAGUCCUGCAACAUUGGGUUAACAUACACGUAUUUGUAGCAUGUAAUUUAAGCGCUGCAAAAUGCCAAAAAAAAACAAAAACAAAAAACAAAAUAGUAAACUGAAACGAGAGCAUAACAAAACGCAUAACGAAACGUAAAAAAUCUUGAAAAAUGCUUCAUAGAAUUUAAGAGUAAAUGAAAGUUAACGAAAUAUUCCACGUAUUAGUAUUAAAUUGUUGAAAGGUUGCGACUAAAAUAAUCAUCAGCGAACUAUCAAGAAGAAACGAGUCUCCAAAUUACAACAUCUAAGCUGCUUACAUUUGGGCAUAUAUUAGAACUAAAAUCACAACUGCAACUAAUAUAAAAAAUCAAAUGUAACCCAAAAUGAAAAUAGUCCCUUAAAUUUGAACCACAAAUAUACAAAAGUUGUGUUCCAGAUCAAAUUUUAAAACAAAUCAGUUCUUUUCUAGUUCUUAUUUUGCUUUGAAGAAUGAUUGUUAAGAGUUUUCAAGUUUAAAUUUUAUUACUGCAGCCAAUACAGCAAUUUACAAUCUGAUAUUUGCAAAACUUAUCGGUACCUUUGAUUAGAUUUAAUAACUAUGAACGGCAAGGAUUUUUUAAAAUAGAAAAAAGUAUUGGAUUCAAUUGAAUUAGUUAUUUACAAACAAAGAUUUCUUAUUCAAAAUUUGCUGUCAAUUUUAAAAUAGCAGCUUCAUUUCAGUCCGCUAAAGAAACGCACCUGAAACAAAUAAAUGAAAUGUAUUAAGAAAUCAAAAUUAGUGACAACAAUCGAUUUAAACCAUUUAAUAUUAUAAUAUUAUAUGAGUAACAGAUGCAUAGAUAUUCGGAGAGAAAAAUAUAUCCCAUAAUCAUUAAUGUUAUUGCAUUAGUUAAACUAUAUUAAAAAAUGGUUUUAUUGUUAACAAAUUGCUAAGUAGUAAAACAGCCUUUUGAGAAUAGCUAGAAUUCGCAAUUGAAUCAUUUGUUUGUUAAUUUAGCAACAAUUAAGCAAUUUUAUCGAUUGAUUAUUAAUUUUAAAUAUCUUUUGUAAUUUUCCAUAAACAAUUUCCUGAUUUCUGAUUAGCAAAUUGAUAUUCAUAAUAAUUAUGAUGGAAUAUAAGUACUUACUGAUUGUUUGAGCUUGUGGUAUAUUUUCUGCCAUGGCUAACAAAUUAGGUUAACAUGUUGUUCAAUAAGAAAAUGAAGUAGAAAUUGAAACGCACACAUAAAAUUGUUUUUAGACUAAAUGUCAUUAAAAAUGUCAUUUGUUGAAGCCAAUUGAGACUGACUGUAUUUAUGUGAAAUAAUUAUUUGAGUGUACGACUUCGAACUCGAUCUGGUUUGAAAUUGCUUCAAGUAAAGACCCCCACAAUAAAACGUAUUGUAGCCAAAAAUAAUAAUAAAAAACAACAACAUCAAAACAUGAAGAAUUUAUUAAAUAAACGGAAAACCCUUAAUAUUAGUAUAUUAGCAACAGUAAAUGCAAAUGCAAUUACACUCUUAUAUACAAUCUCAUAUACAGAAUAACAACCAGGCAAAUCAAAGGCAAGAAAAAUACAGUAUUGAAUAAGCAAUAAAUAUACAAAAAAUAAAACGAAGAAAUGAAAAACAUUAUUAAAUAUAGUAACUGCAAACACCAAACAACAAUAUACCUAAAUAAAUGCAUAUUAA